UCAUGGUUAGACACCUCAGCUUUGGCAAAAUGUCAGCUGGACUGGGCCCAUGGGGGCUCGCAUGGUAUCUCCGAGUCAAGUGCUGCUUUGCCCAGGGUGGCAUGCCAACAUGCUCAGAAACAUGAUUCCAAGGCAGCGCUGCACGCAGCAAAGACAUGAGCAGGCAAUGGUUGCCCAGCACACGUUGGAAGCCGUCACUCCGGGCAAUCUUCGAGCUCUUAGUAGCUCUCAACAUUUUUUUCUUGCUGGCCUCGACGCUGAGUUGCUGGCUUUUAGUCCAGACAGCAGCUCAACACCACCAAAACGUGUUCAACCUGUUUGAUGCGACAAGUUUGGGACGCCUUCGUCAAAAGGCCGGAGCAUCGUUUUUGAGGCCGAAACAACAAGCUGUUGAAGGUGUUCACCGAACACCAUGCUCCAGCCACAUAAUUGGUCCCAUUCCGACGACUUUACCUCUCCAACACAAUGCCUCAUGCAGCUGGAAGGAGCUGUCCGGGGCCGUGUUUACAGAUCCUGUUGGUUCAGAGCUGGGAUUGGAGGAGGCCAAAACGGCGUGCGCUCACCUUGGCAAUCACUGCCGAGGGGUUUCGUGUGGAGACACGAAAGCAUGCCGCCCGAUGACUGGGCACCAGCUUGCACGCGCAGGUGCGACGAGUUAUCUCAAGCAUUGCCUGUUGUCUGGGGAGGAGAAUGUCGAAGCAACGGAGUUGCCGCCUGCUGCCAGACUUGUGAGUGACCUAGAUGCAGCAAUUAUCGUUCUCGCGCACAACCGGCCCGAUGACUUGGCUGCUUGCUUGCAUUCCUUGCUUCGGCUGGAUGAUGUGAGUCUUUUUGACCUCUUCGUUUCUCUGGAUGAUGGAGAUGCCUACUCCGAGAUGCGUGAUGUGGUUAUUGGCUUGUCCCGAGAGUACCGGCAGAAAAUUGCAGUGUGGUUUGCCAAUGCUCGGCCUGUGGAUGCGGAAAAGGAUAAUCAAGAGCAACAACGUUGGUUUUUGACCAGCACAGGGAAAAUUGCUCAUCACUAUUGGCUUGCUUUUGAGAAGGUUUUUAUGAAGCAGAACUAUGACUUUGCCAUUUUUGUGGAAGAGGAUUUGGUGCUUGCACCAGAUUUUCUGGCAUUCUUCCGAAGCUCCGCUUGGCUGCUGGCCGAAGAUCCAAGCAUUUGGUGUGUCAGCGCCUGGAAUGAUGCCGGCUUCGCAUUUGCCGUUUCUGAUCAGUGCAGGCUUUUUCGGUCCACAUAUUUUCCGGGUUUGGGCUUCAUGUUGAGACGGGAGGCAUGGCUGAGCUUGAGGCGACAGUGGCCGUCAGCUCCCACCAUGGGCUGGGAUUACUGGAUGAGAGUUGCAUUUCGGCAAGCGGACAAGGAAUGCAUCGUACCCGAAGUCCCGCGAAGCCGACACGGCAGCAAGUCAGGCUCAUCCAUUGUGACAGAUAAGCAGGUCCAGUUUUUCGAGUCGAUGGCGCUUGCCCAGCUCAGAAGCUCCUGCUCUUCAGAAGGUCCUUGUAACCACUUUGGAAAUGUGGACUACAUCCUCCAAGAGAAUUACGAGGCAUGGAUGAUGAAAGCGGCACAAUCCGCACAUUCCUUGACAGGUUCCAGCCAACUUGCUCUGCACGGUCAAGAGUGCAAUCAAGAAGCAAUCGAUUUGGGUGCGCAGGACUCCGCUGAUUCAUGCGCGGCGCUUGUGGGAAUGGGCAAGUGCAGCAACUUUUUUUCAAUCCCAAAUCAGUACAUGUCCUGGGGCUGCCGCUGCUGCGAAUUUGUGGAGGGGCCAGUCGGGAAGCCUCACGACGAGUGGUCCAUCUACACCGCUGCCAGGGUGGGCGAUCCUGACCUGGUGUAUUUGUACCCAUACACGUCGGAGACGUAUUUGAACAUAGCUCCAUCAUUCGGAUUGCAACCUGAGGGCAUGGACGGUGUGAUCCCGUCAGAUGUUCGUGCGGAGCACUACGGCUUAGUCGUGGGCCGACAUUUGACCUCGCAAGCUGUUGUCCUUCUGGCAGACAGGAGGAGCUCCAAAGAUUAUUUGCCAGUUCCCAUGCGAGCGCGGCGCAAUCCCAAGCUCCUCCCUACACCAUCUGCUGCGGGGCAAUCUUGUGAUGAUGCUUGCAAGGAGCAGGGUAUGAGUUGCAGUGCCGAUCAGCUGCAUUUCAUGAAUGAAUGUGGUGUCAUGAUGGCUCACUUCGGCUGCAAGUUCUGCGCACAUCAAGCUGGAUUAGAGCUGCCAGCCUACGUCGUGGAUGACUUUCAGCCCACUUUUGGACAGUGCCUAGUCACGCUGAUCUCAGCCUUGAAGUGUGAUUCGUCCCACCCAGCAACACGGCGCCUGUGUGCUUGUCUUGGCUCUUGAUGCGAACCCGUUGAGCCAGGAUUUGGUGAAUGGCCAAGCCACGCACAGCGUGCUGAAGUGAUUGGCAA